CUCCACACAGUGCCGGACGGGGAAUAACUUUCAAUACUUUUAUUUUUUAAAGAUCCUCCGAAUGACAGCUGCUCAGUGGCGCCUCUAAAGACGACGCAGAACAAGAAGAGUUUGAUUUCCACUUCCAGAUCCUCUGCGGAGGAACAGAGGAGUUUACCAAAGUCCCGGACACGCUCCAGCGAUGGUGACUUUACGCACGGGAUUUGAAGGCUGUUUCAUCUGACUGCUCCUGUUUGCUGUCAACCGCUGAAGCUCUUCUUCAUCGCCCAUAGUCUUCAAGUUUGCCAGGAACACGCAGAAGAAGUGAAUCUAGGUCACGGCGCCUGACCCUAGAAGAAUGCAUGAGUCAUAAAUUAAAAUAGACUCGGAGUCCCAACACGGAUCCAUUAGGAGACAAUACCGAAGGAAACAAGACAGUGUCCCAGUGACCUGAGGCAUUCAUCUGUGACGUUCAUGAAUUUUACAGUCAUCCACAAGUGAGAAGAGGGUGUUGGAGUUGAAGUCUCUUAUUCCUAAUGAUGUCUUCCGUGCGAUCUACGCCUCCCUUCCACCCAGCAUCUGAGGAAGAGGAAGGAAUGGGUCAGGAAAACCCAGCCUGGGCCAGCGACGAGCGAGAGGGCCCAAAGGAGCCGCGGUCCCCCCACUCGCACGACAGACCCCACCCAGAAGAGCUGCAGCCAAUCAGGGAGAAGCUGACGGAUGCUGAGUGGGAGAACGUGGUGCCUGCUGCGAUGGACAAUGAAAGCAGUAAAGGCUGCUCAGUGUACUCGUACCGGACUAACUCUACCUCUCCGCCGAAGCCAGAGGAGUGUAACCGGGAUCGCGGGGAACAGAUGAUCUGCCUCACCUUCGGGACACCGGAGCGCCGCAAGGGAAGUCUGGCAGACGUGGUGGACACACUGAAGCAGAAGAAACUAGUGGAGCUGACCAAGACAGAGCAAGACGAACCAUCGUGCAUGGAAAGGCUCCUCUCAAAGGAAUGGAAGGAACGCGUUGACCGUCUGAACGCAAACGAGUUGCUGGGCGAGGUCAAAGGUACACCUGAGUCGCUGGAGGAGAAGGAGCACCAACUUUCCACGAUGAUCGGUCAGCUGAUCAGUCUGAGGGAGCAGCUCCUUUCUGCCCAUGACGAGCAGAAAAAGAUGGCCGCCUCACAGCUGGAGAAGCAGAGACAACAGAUGGAGCUGGCCAGACAGCAGCAGGAGCAGAUUGCCAGACAACAGCAGCAGCUCUUGCAGCAGCAGCACAAGAUAAACAUUCUCCAACAACAGAUCCAGGUCCAGGGUCACAUGCCUCCUCUGAUGAUCCCGGUGUUUCCUCACGAUCAGCGCUCUCUGGCUGCUGCCGCUGCCGCACAGCAGGGCUUCCUCUUCCCACCGAGCAUGUCCUACAAGCCAGGUGAGAAUUACCCCAUGCAGUUCAUUCCAUCUACUAUGGCAGCUGCAGCGGCAUCUGGACUCAGCCCAUUACAACUACAGCAGCUGUAUGCCGCCCAGCUGGCAAGCAUGCAGAUCUCACCAGGGGCCAAGAUGGCUCCCCUCCCGCAGGCUCACAACUCCUCCGGUCCCCUUUCCCCCUCCGCCCUGAAGAACGACAAGCGAUCAUCCAGUCCUAUCACUCACAUCAAGGAGGAAGGAUCCACACAGCCAUUGAACCUCUCAGCCAGACCCAAGACAGCCGAGCCUCUUCGCUCCCCGACGUCCCCGACACAGAGUCUGUACUCCGGAAACAAAUCCAGCCCUACAGGCAUGGGCAAGGGCCGCAUCCCCAGCCCCAUCACCAACAUGGGCAGGAACACCUCUCUGGACAUCCUGUCCAGCCUCAACUCCACAGCCCUGUUCGGGGACCAGGACGCGGUGAUGAAGGCCAUCCAGGAGGCCAGGAGCAUGAGGGAGCAGAUCCAGAGGGAGCAACUCCACCACCACCAGCAGCAGCAGCAGCCGGGACACCACAGCCUGGAGGCCAAGCUGUCCGCGCUCAGCGGCAUGACCCUCAACAACGGCAACAAGGAGCGGCUGCACUAUGAGACGCUGAGCCAGCACCUGGGGAAGCUCGGGGAGGAUGCUGGGAAGAUGGUGCAUCGGGUCAUUGACCUGACGAGACCAGAAGAUCUGGAUGGGAGUAACAUCACAGAGGCGCGAGUGUUCAGAGAGGCUCGAGGCAGGAACAACGCAGAGCCGCACAUCAAGAGGCCGAUGAACGCCUUCAUGGUGUGGGCCAAAGACGAGCGGAGGAAGAUCCUGCAGACCUUCCCCGACAUGCACAACUCCAACAUCAGCAAGAUCCUAGGCUCUCGCUGGAAAUCCAUGACCAACCAGGAGAAGCAGCCGUACUACGAGGAGCAGGCCCGCCUGAGUAAGAUCCAUCUGGAGAAAUAUCCCAACUACAAGUACAAGCCGCGGCCGAAGAGGACCUGCAUCAUCGACGGCAAGAAGCUGCGCAUCGGAGAGUACAAGCAGAUGAUGCGGUCACGGCGUCAGGAGAUGAGGCAGUUCUUCGUGGGGCCUCAGCCCCCCAUGGCUCUCAGCAGCAGCCCGGGCGGAGUAGGAGUGUACCCGGGCGCCAUCACCAUGGCAACAACAGCUACCCCAUCCCCUCACCUGACCUCAGACUGCUCCAGCAACUCCGCCAGCCCCGAACCCGCCAUCCCCGUCAUCCAGAGCACGUACGGGAUGAAGUCCGAGCCCGGGGUUGUAGGCAGCAACGGAGGCAGCGGCGGCGUGGUGGGAGCCUUAAAUCUGCCCAGCAACCGGGCCAACGGAGACGAAGACAUGGACAUGUACGAGGACUUUGAGGACGAGCCCAAGUCAGACUAUAGCAGCGACCACGAGACACGGGAGGCCGUCAGCGCCAACUGAGCUCGGGUCGUCAGUUGUAAAAACAGGAAGAUAAUAAAUAAAAAAACUCCCAUUAUACUCAGAGACACUUUUUAAGAAACACAGUUUAUUAUAGAGACCUUCAGGCGGACUUUCAGGACAUGUUGCGUCAACGGACAUGCUCAGAAAAAGGAAAGUAUCUUGAUGGACAUUCGAGGAAGAGGACUGAUUCAGAACUGACGAUGAACUUCCUACACUUUGACAAUCUUAACGGGACGGAUAAGAGUGAGAAGAAAGAAAGAGAAGGAACGAGACGGAACGGGACAAAUGAGCGACAAACACAUUGCUGUGUGGUUUGUAAAGAGCAUGCAUGGAUUUCGAAGCAUCAGGAAUUGGUCUUCAACAGCUAUUUGGUCUUAAAUGUUUAAGGAGUGAUUUAGUUUUUAUCUUUAUGUAUUUACUUUUUUUGUGCUUUUGUUCUAUAGACUUUUUUUUCUGACAGGUCGCUGCCUGUACAAACUCUGGACUGUCAGAACUUGAAAUUUGAAAAGUUUUAAUAUAAAUCCUAGCUAUUGUAAUCUUAUAGUCUUACUUUUGUUUCUUACAAACACAGUGCAUCUACACGUUGUUUUUCUGACAAACUGCUUACAUUACAUUACUGUUAGUUUUUCUUUUUUAUAUCCCAGCUCAGGUAUGAUGUGCCAGCUUGUGAAUGUGUUGUUUUCCUUUUUCGUUUUCAUACAAAAAGAGUGGUAGGAUUUUCAGACUGUCAAAGAAAUAAAGGGAGCAAAGUCUCUUAUAAUAUCACAUUAUUAUUAUUAUUAUUAUUACUAUUAUUAUUAUUAUUAUUAUUAUUAUUAUUAUUAUUAUUAUUAUUAUUAUAGUAAGUAGGUACCCAGGCAUUGUACAGAUUUACUUCAAAUGUGCCAAAUCUACAUUCACAUUCACUCGGGAUGUUCUAGUCUUAACUUCAAAUGCUGCAAAAAAGUCUUACACAAUCAUCGUUUUCUAUCUGAUGACAUGAGGGGGGGGGGGGGAUCAUCACGCUCGCCAAGCACACACACACACACACACACACACACACACACACACACACACACACACACACACACACACACACACGCCCGUGCUUCAAUCUCUAGCAGCCCAUUGAGCUUUUCGGACGUAGAAGAGUCUGUUCUUUAGUUCUGCUGCAUCGGUGCUCUCAUGAACCACAUUUCCCAUAGUUCCUUGAGGCCAAACACUUUUGGAAAAUCCAGUAUGGUGUAAUUGAACGGCAAAAUUGAGUAUUUGAGUCCUUCCCUUUCAAUCUGGCCAAAGGUACAGACUUUUCUUUUGGCUUCAUUUCUGCUCAGACACUUAAAGAGUUUAUGAGUCUUAAAAGUGUACCUAUAGUUCUCGUCAAGGGGCCCUAUUAUGCGUUUAUUGUGAGCGUCAUAUAAAAGGGGAUGAGCAGCCCCAGUUUUACUCUACUGUAGGAUGAGAGAUUAUAAUAUUCUGGAUCCCUUCACUGUAUUUUGAAAUUGUGUUUUGAAUUGGUACAAAAUGUGUACGAAAUGUUUCUAUUUUUUAUUAGCCUUUGUUAAUAUUUGUACAUGUCUUCUCAGCAUCACGUGGAGAAGGUACACCAAACUUUUGUUUAAAGAAAUAAUUUAUAUAGUUGCAAAAAAUGAGGUUUAUUAUUUCAAAAGGGUUCUGUUUGUAUACAUUACAUGUAUAUUUGGAGGAAGGAUAAGUUAUGAAGGGCAGAAUAGAGGAAAACAGAUGCGUAGUUCAGCUGCUGAGACAAACACCAGUCAGAGGAACGUUGUUUCCACACGCUCCUCUGGUCAGUGCACGUUUUUUCCUCUAUUUUACUCAAAGGUCAGACUCUUUCUCAGAAGACACACAUUUUUCUCUCUGUCUAUUUCCAAUACACACUCUGAAUUCUGAACACCUCCGUCCUCGGGUGGUUUCUGGGUGCUCUGUUUAUUUUGUCAUCUUUUCUGAACAUAUUUCUACUUGGAAAAGCUUCACAAGCUGGGAAUGAACAUUGGUUUCUGUUUGCAUCACAGUAUAAAAAAAAAAAGGUCUCAUGCAUAGACAUUUCUAUUAUUGUCAUACGCAUCCUAAGCACUGGAUAUAAAUUCUAUGUUUUUAUUUUCUUUUAGUAUUGACUAAUGUGAAGUUGUUGUUUGAUUUUCCACAUGAUAAAUUAGAACAGUCUAUAGGAAGCCUCACACAUGCCAGGCACCAUUACAAAUUGCCAUUUCUUUAGAAGCAUUUCAUUUAUUGACGCUGGUUUUGUUUCCGCAGCUCUUAAAGGGGUCACAUGGCCUCUGAUCUCUUUUUUUGUUUUUGUUUUUUUAAACCUCAUGCUCUUGUCAGUUGUGACCUGCCGAAGCAGAACACAAGUUUCCUGGUCGAUUUCAUUUUUGUGAUGAGUAUUGUAUUUGAAAUUCAAUUGUGCGUUUUAACAUUUCAUUGUAUUUAUUAGCCAGCUUUGGCUCUAAAAAAACGUGUCAGUACAACUUGGUGAGAAAGACAAUCAAAAAAAAUAAAUAAAUAAAAAGUAAAGACUUGAGAUUUCCUUACAAA